CAAACCAGAAGACAAAAAGUAGAAAAAUCCACCCUAGUCGGUCCCCAGGACUCAAAUCCAGAGCCAGCCAUGGCAGAGCACGCACAGGGCUCCCGAGCCCUUCUCAUCUGCCUCUGCCUGUGCCUGUGCCUCCUCCUAUCAUCCUCGGAGCACCUGGCGAUGAGCAUGGACCUCGACGACGACGACUUCUUCGACGACAGCUUCUACGACGAGGUGGCACCGGCACGGCGCCUAUACGAUGAACGACGCCUCAACGUUCUGAACAGCAACACCUCCUCCAACAGGUCCGGUGCGGCCUUCUGCAGGCUGCUGUCGCUGCAGAUACUGGACCUCUCCAACAACCAGCUCACCGGGGAGCUACCGGACUGCUGGUGGGAGAUGCAGGCCUUGCAGUUCAUGGACCUUUCCAACAACUCUUUCUCAGGUCAGAUCCCUGAAGCCCCUCCGACCCACAACUGUUAUCUCGAGUCGCUCCAUCUUGCCGGCAAUGGCUUCACCGGGGUCUUCCCAUCGGUCGUCCAGGGCUGUGAAUCUCUAGCCACUCUAGAUAUUGGGAACAACCAGUUCUCUGGUACAAUUCCUCCCUGGAUUGGAGGUGAAGAUCGAGCUCUGAAAAUUCUUAGACUUAGGUCGAACAAUUUCACUGGUGAAAUUCCUCCGGACUUAUCGAAGCUUCCGCAGCUUCAGUUGCUAGACUUGGCCAACAACGGCUUGACAGGACCGAUCCCAAGAGAGUUUGGGAAAUUAACUGCCAUGAGGAAUCCGAUAAUUAAUUCCACAGGAUCGCUAGACGGGUCCACUUAUCAGGAUAGAAUUGACAUAAUCUGGAAGGGGCAAGAGCUGAUAUUCCAAAGAAUUCUUCAGCUCAUGACGGGUAUCGAUUUGUCAGGCAAUUCACUGUCUCAAUGCAUCCCAGAAGAGAUAACCAAUCUUGAAGGCCUUCGAUUUCUAAACUUGUCAAGAAAUAAUCUGUCCUGCGGAAUUCCUAAAAAUAUUGGUAGUUUGAAUGUUCUUGAGUCCCUUGACCUCUCAUUGAAUGAACUGUCAGGAGUCAUUCCUGUAGGCUUGAGUAAUAUGGUAUCCCUCAAUACAUUGAAUCUCUCAAACAACCAUUUAUCGGGGCAAAUACCCACAGGGAAUCAACUUCAGACCUUGAAUGACCCAUCGAUUUACAGCAACAAUCCUGGGCUCUGUGGACCUCCUUUGGAUAUUCCCUGCACAAAUGCUUCACCUGCACUGGACAAGAAAGACGGUAAAGAUUGUGACCAAUGGCUGUACUACUGUGUGAUUGCUGGAAUUGUUUUUGGAUUUUGGCUAUGGUGUGGGAUGAUCCUUUCCAUUCCAAAGUGGAGACAUUCUGUUUUCUUUUUUGUUGAUCGCAUGCAAUACAAGGUUAUGCUAAAGUUGCAGCCCAUCGAUCAAUAUCUUUCCAAAGAAAAGAGUGAUCCACUUCUGUAGAUGUGCUUUCUACAAAUGAAUCAAGCUGAAGAAUGAAGUAUACUACGUUCCCUAUUGUGCAUUGCAAUGCAAUCUCUUAUUUCUCCCGAAGUACGGCAGGAGAUUUAAUUUGCUGCCUUUGUAUAUUAUAAGGUGUAAUACUGAGAAGAUAUCCAAAAGCAUUCUCUUCAACUGUCAUAUAGCAAUUUCAAUACAUAUAUACGUGCUCCUUUCUUAUA